UUAAGCACAAACACAAGAUUGUUAGUUAAUCAUUUACAAAUCAAUAUUGUCUUUAUGGACAUCAAUUUCCCCCCCAAAACUAUACAGUGUUGGAAGGAAAUUGAAUGCAAAACAAUAACCAAUAUGCACAUACAGGUAGAAAUCUACAGGACUACAUUUCCAAAAUAAGAAAUCCUUGGCUAAAGGCCACACUAGGUGUUUGGAAAAUGGUGGCAAAAGAAAUAAGCUGCAGAAGAAUAUAAAACUAUUAAAAUGGUGUGCAUAUGAUUCGGAAUUUACACCAAAUCAUGUAGACCCUAGUUUUAAAAACUGGAUAGGUAAAGUAAUUACAUUGAUAUGCGGUAUUGUAAAGGAAGAUGAAAUUGUGAGUUUCCAAACUUUAAAGCAAACAUUUCAUUUAGAAAACCAAAACCACUAUAGAUACUUACAGUUAAGAAACUUUUAUACUCGAAACAUUAAAAACCAAAUACCCACUACAGCGAGGCCAUUUAUCCAACUCUUUUUAAAUGCUCAUAAGUCAGAAAUUAGGAAAGGUGUAAUCUCACAAAUAUACAAAAGUCUUCAUGAUCUCAGCAAUUAUUCAACCAAGUAUAUAAAAGAAAGAUGGGAGAAAGAGGGAGGUCUGGUGAUCACAGAAGAGGAAUGGCACAACAUUUGUUCUUUUCAUUGGAGAAGAACAAAAUCACAUAUUUGGAAGUUCUGCUAGAAAAGUUUUGCUUGUUUUUUCAUUACCCCAGCUUUAAAGGCACAUUAUGAUGAUGGAAGUUGUGAAUGUUGGAGGAACUGUGGCUACGAAACCUCACACCACUACCAUAUAAUUUGGGAUUGUAAGAAUAUUAAGAAUUACUGGAUAGAAGUCCAUAAAGUGAUGCAAAACAUAUUUAGUACAUAUUUACACUUUGAUUUCAAAUCCAUAUUUUUAGAAUACAUACCUCAGACAUAAAGGGUAUGGAUAAAUACUUACUUUGUGUGCUGCUAGCUGCAAAUAAAAAGGCACUGACCAAAAGGAUCCACCAACAUUAAACAGCUGUAUUGAUGUAACUUUGGAGAUUCAUAAUACGGAAAAGAUUACUUUUUUAUAGUGAAUUUUGAGUAUGAGAAAUAUGUAAAACACUGGGGAAAAUGGCUCCACUGUGUGAGUUCCAUAAGGCCAUCAUUGAUCAUCAAUAUCAUUGAUAUUCAUCACUGAAGGACUGGCUGUCUAAAUAUUUGUUUAUUUUGUUUGUUUUUUAUAAUAACGUACUAAUCUGCUACUUAGUGUGUUGGCUUUUCAAUUGCCCUCUCUCUGGAUGUAUAUAGUUACAAACUGUAUCUAGUGGCAUUUGAUUAAAGCAUUUAUUCAAUACAUUUCGUAUAUAGUUUCAGUUAGGUUGUUACACAUAUGAGAGUGGCUUCUGUCUGGUAAGAGGUCAUGAGUUUAGUUGGCGAGGGGAGACAGAGUGCAUUUGAGGUCGAGAGACACACACACACACACACACACACACACACAUAGUAGGUAGACUCAUUUCUAGGUAAGAGUUCAGGCCUAGUUUGCAAAAAAAAGUGUACAUGUCAAACUGCAGUGUUAAGUGAGGCGCUUGAAAAAUUUGAGUGUGCCUAACUAAGGUAGUCAUCUACCCUGCUGAAAAUUGUCUCAUUCAACUAGUUCAACUCCAACAAAAGCAUUUAGAUUAAACUUAAUCCUAUAUCAUCUCUUAGGAGAAGCAGGAAACUUUAUGCUUGACAGAAAUAGUUUUAUUUAAAUGGAGAUUUUCCCACAUCGCCCUGUUAGAAGAAAGCAUUUAACUUGGGUAUAUUUCAACACGAAAUGAAAGUUUUUACUGUCAAUACUGCCUGUGACCUCUGAUUUCUUGUUUUAGAGGAGAGUUUCAAUUUUGUGAUGGUGGACGAGGUGGGAGAGACUGUGGAGAAGAAGGCGGUAAUUACCAGGACAAGAGGUCGACCCAGGAAGAGAACCAGGCAGACCCCGGGUCAAAAUGCACCAAAAUGUAUGAGAAAAUCUGCUAGAGGGAAACCAGAGAGCACAAAAGAGACGGAAGAGGAGGAAACAACAGAACCACUGCUUCCAGCUUCUGUUAAUCCCACUUUAUCACAGGACCGAGACUCAUCUGCGCCGCCAGGUGACGGCCAGGCGGAGAGCCAGAGGACCGAAGAGGAAGCAGAGACCCAGCCUGAUGCUGCACCUGCCCCUGCUGGACAGCAGCCAGAGUCUCAGUGUCCUGAUAAGGAGACAGAGCAGGGAGAGGAGAAGGAUGGAUGGAGCACGGUUGGCAUUAAAGUUGUGGGUAAACGCAGGAGGGAGCUUGUCGGACCUGAGGCAAAGCGAUCUCGCUCUCAGUCUCCGUGUGUUGUAGCAGACUUCAGACUGCCUCAGUUCAACCCCAAUAGCCCCCUCGGUCAGGAGUUUGUGAUCCCAAAAUCAGGAUUUUUCUGUAACAUCUGCUCUGUUUUCUACCUGAAUGAGAAGACCGCCAAGGAACUCCACUGCUGCAGCCAGAAACACUACAACAACCUGCAGAAAUAUUAUGAGAAACGUCGACAAAGAGCUUCAACAACGUCAUCUCAGAUGUCUCAAGGCUCCGUUUCUGACUGAUGGACCUGAUCUGAUUAUUUUAACACAUCACUGUGGAGAACAAGCCAAUGUUUUUGAUCCUACUAGUUCAGAAACUAAACUAAUCACCAGGUGGUACCUUUUGUUGUAAAUGAUAUGUCUUCAUUCAUAAAUUGUCUCGCAGCCUUUCA